GGGAAACAGCAAGAGCUGACAGCUUGCUUAGAGCCGAGCCAGGAGAGGACCAGGUGGAGAACCUGCCCUGGAGAUGUCUAGGCUCCUGGAAGGUGUAGGACACAAACGGGUUUCCGCUUCCCUCCAGGGCACUGGGUGAGGCAGUGAGGCCGAGGCUCGACGAGGUAGCGCCGCUAUGUGGCCCCCGGACGCAGAGCCGGAGCCCGAUCCGGAAUCCGCGGACCGCCCCCGAAGUGGCAGGACAGUGCCCGGGCUCCGCGCCCUGUUGCCUGCGCGCGCCUUCCUCUGCUCGCUCAAAGGCCGCCUCCUGCUGGCCGAGUCGGGACUCUCAUUCAUUACCUUCAUCUGCUACGUGGUGUCCUCGGCAUCUGCCUUCCUCACGGUACCUCUGCUGGAGUUCCUGUUGGCUGUUUACUUCCUCUUCGCUGAUGCCAUGCAGCUGAAUGACAAGUGGCAGGGCCUGUGCUGGCCCAUGAUGGACUUCCUGCGCUGUGUCACGGCUGCCCUCAUCUACUUUGUCAUCUCUAUCACAGCUGUCGCCAAAUACUCAGAUGGAGCUUACAAAGCAGCUGGAGUUUUUGGCUUUUUUGCCACAAUUGUGUUUGCAAUUGACUUCUACCUGAUCUUUAAUGAAGUGGCCAAAUUCCUCAAGCAAGGAGACUCUGCGAAUGAGACCACAGCCCACGAGACAGCAGCAGGAGUGUAUUUUAGUUCAGAGACAAUAAAUUCUUCUUUGUCCUGCUGAAUGGGGGUAGAGAAAAGGGUGCAAUUGUGCAACUCCGCCAUCCUCAGAUCAUUCCAACUCCAGCUCCGACUCCGACUCAGACUGAGGCCUGCGCCUGCGCCUGCGCCUGGCGUCACUCAGGCCUGCCACCCAUACUGUCCUGAUGGGGCUACAGGAGCAUGGCAGUGGACGCCCACAGGAGAGAAGACCGAGGAGCAGGUCUCUGAGAUUAUGCCCCCUGAGCCUCACACUCAAAAUUGGCUGUGCUGGCUUAGCACCGCUGAGCUGGCACAUGAAGAGACUGAAUAUCCUACCUUCUCCCGUUUCUGUCCUAAAGACCUGAGCCUUUGAACCUCGCCCAUGGGAGCAGACACAUCAUACGGAGCCAGUCACUGCAGUUCAGGUGGCUGCAUGGGGUGUGGUCACAGCAGGCUGACCCACCCAGCCCCGGUGGGCUCUGUAUGGAGGGCUCCUGUUCACACCUGCACUUUGUUGAGAGGACUUUCAGGAAUCUUUGUUCGAGAAGUUUCCCUCCUCACUGUAAAACGGGGAGAAACCCAACUAGCCAAGUCUUCCAUUGUGGGUCUGAGACCUUUUCAGCAAAGAGCCCAAAGAUCUGUCUGUCAACCAGGGCAGUGGCAGUGACAAAGUCACAAGUGGCUGGGCGGGCCCAGUCAAGCCCUUUCCUCUUGGGAGCCACCUGGACAGGCCUGCUAACAUGGGCCUUCUCUGUGUUCACUUGGGGUUUGAUACUGUGUGUGUCUUUGAUGUUUUCUAACUUUUUUAUAACUUUUUUAUUCAAAAGCAAUGUAACAAAUGGCAUUUUCUGUGACCUGAGGGGCCCCAUGAAUGAGCCAGAGUUCCGGGCCCAUGUCUUAAGAUGUUUGUAACCUUCUUCCUACCUUGCAUGUAAAUCCCUUCCCUAAAAGAAUGCCACAAUGGAUUAAAAACAAAGUGCCUA